AUGACUCCGCCAGGCCGUCCGUUCCCCCAUAUCUCCGCACCCCCGGUGGCAGCACCCCCACUGGCGGACGGGCAGUUGACUCAAGUGCCGUUGGACAACCAGCCAAAGAGCAGCCUGGAGAGCCAGGAGCGCGCAGCCAAGGACCAGCAGCUGCACGCCACGGAGACGAGCCUGAGGACCAAGGAGGAGGAGCUGCGGCGGAUGCAGGAGGCGGUUGAGAAACGCGUUGCGCAGCAGGUGACUCGCGUUGAGCAGGAGGCGAAGAAGCUGGAGCAGCUGCGGAAGGAGCUGGAGACAAUAGAAGACCCAACCAAGAAGGAGGUGGCUGAUCUGAGGAAGCGGAUCGAGCUGGUAGACCGAGAAUUGCGCCCCAUGCGGGCUCUUGUUGAGAGGAAGGAGAAGGAGCUGAAGGACGCAACCACGGCCUACAACAACAAGAACGCACAGAAAUCGGAGCUGGUUGGAAAACUCUUCGAGAUUGUGACGGAGAGCGAGCGGCAACGGCUGGCCAAGCUGGAAGAAAUAACCUCUCUGCUGACUCAGAUGGAGCGGAAAGAAGGGGGGCAAGGGCAGGAGCCCAAGGAGGAGGUGCAGAUGUACACAUGGAAGGAUGCUACUCUCAGAGAGCUGACAGAUUUGUUGAAGGAGGUGGUACCAGAGGCUCGUCGGAGGGACGCUCGGUUAUCGUUUGCCUUUGUUUAUCCCAAUAGACAGGGGAGGAACGUGAUGAAACAGGCGGGUAUCACCAAUUCAAUGCCGCGCAGACCAACACCGGAUGAUAACAGGACAUUGCAUGAGCUGGGGUUCCAGACGGGUGAUUUCCUAGACGUUGCUAUUUUCACGUGA